CCAUCCGUCUACAUUAGCAAUCACCUUAAACUAGUGACAGACACGAACGAGCAAGCAAGCCAAAGCAGAUGAGUUUGAUGUAUUUGCUUUCAAACACACUCUGAAUACGCUACAAAAAGUCCAGCUAAUGCAAGGCACGUGCGCUAUAUCGACAUUGCCGUAAAUCUGCAGUUUUGAUGAGAGUUUUAGACAUUGUUUAUUUGGCGUGAGGUUUCUCUUUCGAACCGCCUUACUGAACUCUUCCAGUCUUGGAUAUUUUAUCGGCAAAUUUCAAGAAGAGGAGGAUUGGGGGUUUUGAAAAAAGUUACUUAAUUUGGGUCAGUCCUUCGGCAAACUGCAACAUCGGGGGAAAUCGAACUAUUGGCAAGAUCUGGGGGGACCCGUGACUGCCUCUAGCAUGAUGUCAUACCUCAAACAGCCCCCCUACGCCAUGAACGGCCUGGGGCUGAGCGGUGCAGCCAUGGACCUAUUGCACCCAUCCGUCGGAUAUCCAGCAACGCCCAGAAAGCAGCGGCGGGAGAGAACAACAUUUACCCGCUCACAGCUUGAUAUUCUUGAAGCGCUCUUUGCCAAAACUCGUUAUCCGGACAUAUUUAUGAGAGAGGAGGUGGCUCUGAAGAUCAACCUUCCUGAGUCCAGGGUUCAGGUGUGGUUUAAGAACAGGCGUGCAAAGUGUCGCCAGCAGCAGCAGAGUGGCAGCAGUACUAAGGCUCGGCCUGCAAAGAAAAAAUCCUCACCCACCCGGGAGAGCACAGGCUCUGAGAGCAGCGGCCAGUUUACCCCUCCUGCAGUCUCCAGUGCUGGCUCUUCCUCAUCCUCCUCCUCCUCCACCAAUAACGCAGGCAUUAGCAGCACCUCUACCUCUAUCAGUACUGUCUCUUCAAUCUGGAGCCCUGCUAUUUCUCCAGGCUCCGCACCCCCGUCUGUUACUUUGCCGGAGCCUGUCGCUCCCUCAAAUGCCUCCUGCAUGCAGCGUUCCGUCUCAGGCACGGCCAGCUCCUCCUACCCCAUGCCCUACAACCAGACCACCGGCUACAGUCAGGGCUACCCGACUCCUUCUGGUUCCUACUUCAGCGGAGUGGACUGUGGCUCAUAUCUAGCCCCCAUGCACUCUCACCACCACCCUCAUCAGCUCAGCCCCAUGACAGCCUCACCCAUGCCCACACACCCCCAUCACCACAUCAGUCAAUCUUCAGGUCAUCAUCACCAUCACCACCAGGCCUACAGUGGCACUGGCCUGGCCUUCAAUUCUUCUGACUGCCUGGAUUACAAGGACCAAACAGCCUCCUCCUGGAAGCUCAACUUCAACACUACAGACUGUUUGGACUACAAAGACCAAGCAUCUUGGAGGUUCCAAGUUUUGUGAUCUGAUUUAUUUUUUUAAAUGCCCUUCAUUUUUACCAUCUCUCAGUUUUAAUAGUGUGCUGAGUUUAAGCAGAAAAAAAUAUAUGGACUUUCAGAUUUUAACAAUAGUUAGACAUGUCGUCACAUUUGUAAAGUGAGCCCCUUUGUUGAGAGAAAAGAAAGGAAAAUUUAUGGCAAAGUUAUGGAGGGAAAUGAAAGCUAGUUUUCCCUUAUUGUCACCGAAAAGACUAAGAUUUACUCCACGACCCAGGGCUCUGGUACUAAAUCGCUCCACUCUCCUGCCUGAUCUGGAUUAUUGUUAUUCAACACGGGACACUGAAAGCUCAGCGACCGUUUUACAUCCACCUCUCAAACUAUGUACAGUUGUUUCGUUUUCUAAAUAUGGUUAUUUUUUAGGAUGACAGAUUCUAGUCAGCUUAACCGAGCUGAAUUGUGUACAUAUGUAUUUGGGUCAGUUGCAUUGACCAUAUUUAGUUGUGUUGCUGGAUUUCAAAUGGUUUAAUAAGACUUUGAACGACUUUGUGUAAAUCUUUUCCCAAAUAAUCCAAAGAUAAAGAAAUUGGCUGGACUUAUUUGUUAUACUGAAAACCCAGUUUAGUUACCCUCAAAAAAAUCUGGAUUUUUAUAAUAAGAACACGUGUGGAAAAAAUAAUCAAAUUUUGAAAAAAAAGGAAAAGGAAAUUAUGCUUCGGACAUUUAGUAUGGGCGAUAUUUGGCCAUGAUAUUCCAUUAGGUAAACUAGCAUUUGAAGAAUUUUGAGGUGAGACACGGCAUGAUUAAAAUUGUUGGAUGCAUUUAACAGCACUUGACUUACUUGUUCUAAUCGAUAAAGGAUCAUAUGGAUGAGAAAAUGUGAUUUUAAGGAAAACACCCCAAAUACCAGUGAAAUGCUGAAUGUAUGCAGGCGCAGUUCAUCACUUUCAUGUCCGUAAUAAAGUUAACUACCAAUUUUU